CGCAGUUCGAGCCCCGUGUUAAAUGGAUUUUAGGCGGAAUGAGACUCUGCUGUCGGCAUACAACCUCAGAAAAGUUCAGUAACAGCGACUGGAACCGAGCUCAGAUAAGGGCUCAGUCAUGGCUCAUGGGAACAGCUGCCACACAGUAACAGAAGAUGGAGCAGACCAGCAGCAGCCUCUCAUUCUGGAAAGAGUUGAAAGAGAAACUCCAAAAAAAUGGCAAACCGUCCUGUCCCAGCGGCUGAAGAAACACUGCUCAUGCACUCCACAGAAGGCGAAAUCCAAAAUACUAGGCUUUGUCCCAAUUCUGAAAUGGCUGCCACGUUACCAGCUCAGGGACUGGCUGCUGGGUGAUGCUAUGUCAGGAAUGAUCGUCGGGAUCCUACUGGUCCCCCAGUCCAUAGCUUACUCCUUACUGGCCAGUCAGGACCCCAUUUACGGUCUGUACACUUCUUUCUUUGCGUCCAUCAUAUACGCCCUGCUUGGCACUUCCAGACACAUCUCGGUGGGGAUUUUUGGAGUGCUCUGCCUGCUGGUGGGCCAGGUUGUGGACAGAGAGUUAGCUCUGGCAGGAUACCUCACAGAAAGCAGCAGUAACAGCAGCGACGUCCUGCUGGCUGAUCUGGGAAAUGGGAGCGUUGACGUUGGAUGCGACAGGAGCUGCUAUGCAAUCACAGUGGGAGCUACAGUUACCUUUACUGCUGGGGUUUAUCAGGUGCUAAUGGGACUUUUGCAAGUAGGCUUUGUGUCCGUCUACCUCUCUGACUCCCUUCUCAGCGGCUUCGCUACAGGAGCUUCCCUGACAAUCCUCACUUCCCAGUUUAAAUACCUUCUGGGCCUGAAGAUCCCCAGGCCGCAGGGCUGGUUCACUCUGUUUAAGACCUGGUACAGCCUGCUCACCAACCUGGGAAACACCAACAUUUGUGACCUGGUCACCAGUUUGGUGUGCUUGGCGAUACUGUUACCUACAAAGGAGCUCAACGAUCGCUUCAAAUCCAAGCUCAAGGCUCCAAUCCCCUUUGAGCUCUUUGUGGUGAUAAUUGCAACACUUGCUUCUCACUUUGGCCACUUCAACACUGACUACGGGUCAGACGUGGCGGGUGACAUCCCCACAGGGUUCCUCCCUCCCCAGCUGCCCCUGUGGUCUCUCAUCCCCAACGUGGCUGUCGACGCCUUCUCCAUCGCCAUCGUGGGAUUCGCCAUCACCGUCUCUCUGUCAGAAAUGUUUGCCAAGAAGCACGGCUACACGGUUGACGCCAACCAGGAGAUGUACGCCAUCGGCUUCUGCAACAUCCUGCCGUCGUUCUUCCGCUGCUUCACCACCAGCGCCGCUCUGACCAAGACACUCGUCAAGGAGUCGACAGGGUGCCAAACUCAGAUAUCGGGGCUGGUCAGCGCUCUCAUCCUGCUGCUGGUGCUUCUGGUUAUCGCACCUCUAUUCUAUUCCCUUCAGAAAUGCGUUUUAGCCGUUAUCAUCGUGGUAAACCUCCGCGGCGCUCUACGAAAGUUCACCGACAUUCCCCGCAUGUGGCGCGCCAACCGCAUCGACGCCUCCAUCUGGCUGGUUACCAUGGCGACCUCAGCGCUGGUCAACACGGAGCUCGGCCUCCUCGUCGGAGUCUUGGUGUCGGCCUUCUGCGUGCUGGGCCGGACCCAGCAGGCCCGGGUCCUGGAGCUGGGCCGGGCUACGAGCAGGGAGCAUUACGAGGGCCUGUCGCGUUACCGCGGCCUCCAGACACAUCCCGGAGUGGCCGUGUUCAGAUACGAGGCUCCCAUCUAUUACGCCAACCAGAGCUUGUUCAAAAAAUCUCUCUACAAGUGCGUAGGGCUCGACCCUGUGAAGGAGAAAAGCCGGCGUAUAAAGUUUAAGAAGAACAAGCAGCAGGAAGAGGCCACUAGAGUCCCGAAUGUUAAAUCAGAUGAGAAAGAGGAAGCAUGUAAAGAGAAUGAAGCUGCUGUGACCUUGAUGCUUGACCAGAACUCUUCUCAUAGCUUACGCAACGUAGUGAUCGACUGCAGCGCCGUCUUGUUUUUAGACACCGCUGGAGUGAACGCUCUGAAGGAAGUCCACAAAGACUAUGCAGAGCUGGGGGUCAAGGUUGUCCUGGCCCAGUGUAACACCUCAGUGCUGGACACUCUGGAAAGAGGCGGAUACUGUCCCGAGAAAAAUGGACCUAACACAGGAGAAAACACAAUGGUUUUCUUCACUAUUGCAGACGCCGUCCACUACUUCCAAAGCCUCCGUACUGCUAACGGAGAUUAUGACACCAAAUGCUAAAAAGAUGUCGUCCAAAUAUCUUUCUUUACCUGAAAGAAGCGUUUAUCUUACAUAUGACAAAAGGAAGUUCUGUUGUUACCUACGUGCCUUGUAAUGCUAGAAGUCCUUUCUUCUUUUAAUUAUUUAUCUCUUGUUACUGCUGUAGACUAGACUUUAUUUAAUAUUGUUUCCAAAUAUUAUUUAUACAGAGAAAUUGAACUUAAGUGCAAUUAUUUAUGGUACAAAUGAAACUUCAUUGGGGUGACGGUUAUAUUUCUCUUUGUAGGUUUAUCACUAUAAAGCACAUCACUGGCAUUAUGUCCCUCACUCUAGCUUUGACCUAGCUUCAUUUUUAAUCGAGUAAUUCAUUAUGUGGCUAUACACGUUUACUUCACAGCAAAGAUGAUAGCUAACUAAAAUAGAACUGUGCCUCACAGCUCUUGUCCAUGAAUCACAAUCCUAUAGAACUUUGUGUACUCUUGGACUGCUGUGCCUUGAGUCUGAUCAUUUCCAAUCCGUUGUAGAUUUAGAUCAGCACAAAACAGAAAAAAAAAGGGUUUGUCACUGAGAAAUAUAGCUGUGAGGGGAGGUUUCAGUUAGGUUCUGCUAAUCAUUUCAAAGCUCUUUUUUUUUUAAGUUUUCCUACGACAUAAAUCUUAAAUUAGCUUCCUGCCUGCUUUUCUUAAAGUAUUUAUUUUGGAAGAACUGACCAGACAGUGCCUGAACAUGAAUGUAACCAAUGCAGAUUUCUCUCUUAUUAGCAGUAACCGAGGGACAAACAUUGGGUGAAACAUGGUCGAGUUUGUAAAGCCAUAAAGCUAUAAAUGAAUACUGGAAGAGGAAAUUGGUUAAGAAGACAAACACCAGUUCAGGUACCAUUUUGCAUAUAAUGUGUAUCCACACUGCAGUGCCUUUAGCAGAGCCUGUACAGAACAAAUGUAUAAAUGUAUGUAUUCAGUAAAUGUGUGUACUAGUAAUGUUUUUAUAUCAGGUACUUUGACAUAUGAAUGACGACUUGGACAAUCUUCCAUCUGCAUGCGGUUCUUAAUCAUCCUGUUACCAUAACAGUUAAAGUUUGUCAGUUUAACUCAGAUUUUAGGGCAGGGGAGUUUCUCUUUGAAGAAAACCAAGCCAGAGCCGAAUGUGUCACUGUGAUGCAUGACUUCAUAAUGUUUGUCCUCAGUCCAAGUGUGCCGAGGGUCAUGACUUCACCGACCAUGCAGCUUCUGCCUCCUUUACUGUAGCUGGGUAAAUACAAGAUUGUCAGCCGGGUGACAAAUGAGGGUUAAAGAAAAACCAUUGUCCAGUAAAAGCCAUGUGAGAUUUAUGUCAAAACUGCCCGCUGGAGUUUCGGUUGUUGAGUUGCACCUCUCAGGUUGGGUUCACGGCAAUAUGUACGAGGAGAAUGGUGCGAUUGUAUAAAUAGACAAGCACAAUCAGGUCAUCUGAGGCAACGCCGCAACCUUUCAUGAGACCUUGUUUUACAAAUCUGCGCUAUUAAAAUAUGACACUGUGACCUGAAAUCAAGCACUGUUGAAAUCAGACCUGGAGUUUUCUCUUCUCGCACUAAAACAUGAGGAUAAAGAAGGGAGAGUGAUCCCUGCAGGGGAUAAACUUAGAUAGAUGGGGGGGUGUUUGUAGCUGUAGCUGUAACCAAACUAGCUGCAUUAAACUACCUAGUAACAUCAUUUGUUUAACACUUGUAGUUACAAAGGUUCUUAAAGUAAAGCAGUUUUACCAUAUACACUGUAGGGCAGGGGUCGGCAAGUAGAUGUGGCUUCGGGCCAAAAUGUUUGUAAACAAUCGAACAGCGGGCCAACCUGCGGGGGGGUGCGCUCCGAUUCCGCGAGCGGGGAGGAGGGGCGCGGGGCGAUACCGCGAGCAGCGGAGCUUCUACAGCUGAUCGCCACUGCUUGGGACACAUGUCUCAAUUCUGAUCACAGAUGUAUUAAAAAUAACUGCCGAGACACACACACGUUUUGCACACACUGUUGCUCAGUGAAGUCUGGCUGGUACAACCGUGUCCGACCAGUAGCGCAAACGCUGAAAUGCCCGGCAGCAGCCGACCACGCGAGUUUCAUGUUGCGGUGACGGACUGGCUUGGCUCCGUGCCAAAUCAAAUUUUCAAAAUCAUCUGGCAGGCCAGAUGUUAUUCCUGAUGGGCCAGUUUUGGCCCACGGGCCGCCAGUUGCCGACCACUGCUGUAGGGCAUUGAAACUAUACCCAACAAACACUUUGACACUGGAUGCCUACUGUUUCCAUGAGCAAUAAAGACGUUCCGUUAGGGCUGAAAAUUAGUUUCAGGAUUAAAAUUGUGCCAUCAUCCAGAAUGUUACCAAAAUGUUUGAAAGUCACGCAAAGGAGAGCUUGUUUACCUUCAUUUUUGUCUAUUUGUAACCUAAAAAAAACACUCAGCACCGUACUCGGCCAAGGCUGCUCAGUCCUAUUGUUUCUGUGCUGAGCACAAACGUGUGUUAUGCGUGUGUACGUUAUGUACGGAUACUGAAUCACGUGAACUAAAUAUGCAGCAGGCGGCGGGAAUUGAUGGGACUCAGAAACACCCCCCACAAUUUAAUCAAUUUUUCCUUGUAUCAUUUCCAAUGAAUAAGUCCACAGUGGUCGGUCAAUUUGUAGUAGAAUCCCAAUCAUAUAAUCGUCAGCAGGCAGCUGACGUGGUGUUCACUUGUUGUCACGGUUACAGUGACACCAUGCCACUAUCUUGCAAUGAUACAGAAAUCUUUAACAAAUUUAUGGAUCCAAACUCUAAGCUGCAUCAGUGCUAAAAUCUAAUAACUUGCUUCUUGUGUCGUUUCUGACCUUCCCUGAAAAUUUCAUUAAAAAAAGUUUUUCUGUUUUUGAGUAAUGUUGCUAACAAACAGAAAACAGACAAACAUACACCGAUCGUGACAGAACUGCACCAUGUUCCUUGGCGGAAUAAUAAUAAAAUACAGUAAAUAAUACAUAAGACCCAGUAAGCGGGAGAAAAAUCCAAAUCACUGCAACCCUGGCAUUUACGACACCGGAGUCAACAGCCGUUUUAUAGACAAUUACACAACUCCUAAAUUGGAAGCGAAGAGCGAUGUUUGUCUAGUGAGGCCCAUAAUAAUAAGCUCCUUACCUGGCAAACAUUGAGACAAGAACAUAAUUUAUUAGCCAUUAAAUAAUACCCUUUAUAGUCUUCAAAUGAAUGUUGUGAGGUCAUCUGAAAACUAAAUAAAGUGCCUGUCAGAUGGUGCAUUUAAACACACGAAGACAGUCAAUAUUUCCCGAUUGGUAAGAGAAAAUCUGUCUGGAUCACUAUUGGAAAUGGGAACAAUCUCGGAGUAAUAUGGCAUUUGUGGAUUUCAACCUCAUUUUUGGUACUUCAUGUCUUUAUCUCACCAAAGUUUACUGGCAUAUUUGCAGUAUACACUAACCAUUUUCUUAAAACUUAUAAUCUAAUUAUGUUAAAAUAUUAGUUUGCAGCUACUUGAGGCUUUGACGUGAAAGUCGCUUUUAUCUGCUUUUAAUAAUAAAGCUAAAUGGAGUACGCAAGUAAACAUUAAUUUCUAUUUUUCUUUAUUAUCACUUCAUCUGCAUCUGUGUAGUUUAUGAAGUGCUACCCGUUAUCAUGUAUUCUGACAUGUACUCGAACAUAUUUAAAUAUAUUAAAACAUAAGUAGCGGUUACAGGGCUUUUUGGUGUUUACUUUUCAAGUAUGUUUUUAUGCAUGUAUCAUAUGCUGUAUAUAACAUGUUUUAACAAGUGCCUUAAUGCAAAAUACUGUCCAAUACUGUAGUAUUUAAAGUACAGACAAGGAUACACAUGUCUAAACCUCAUGCAGUAAUUUGCAAUGUUUGUGAUUAAACAUUUACUUCAUUUUUUCAUUGUGUGGGUCAAGAAAAUCUAUUUUUGAAAAAGUGAGCAUCAAAGUUUUCUUUGUCU